GUCAAUAGCACAACACAGAAACCCGACCACUCCCCUUCGCCUUCGCGUCAAACGCAGGCCUACUCGUCUCGGACAGAAUCCAGCACUGGAAAACAUUGUUUGCACUUGCAUGAGAACGAUUAUAACUUAAUCCUUGCAAUUCACUGCGGCACUGCCUGCAACCGAGCACAUUUGACGAGGACGCGUCUUGGUUACCCCUUUAGUCCAGGCCCAUGGCACGGUGAAAUACGAUAUAGCUACACAGCAACAUGGCGGACCCUGGGGCCCAACCUGUCCCAGCUCCCCAGUCUGCGGAAGAGCCGGUCACCGGAGGCCUUCAAGAGUCCGUGGAAGUCACAGCGUCAGGGAAAUUAGACUCAUACAACCGCGAGUACAACCAAUUCCUGGUUUGCGGCAGCCUCUUUGAGUGCCCCGCUAAGUACCUGCCCAUCAAGCCCAUCGGCAAGGGGGCGUAUGGCGUCGUCUGCUCCGCCAAGAACCUGGACAACCAGGAGAAGGUGGCCAUCAAGAAGAUCGCAAACGCCUUUGACAACGUCAUCGACGCCAAACGCACCCUGCGCGAGAUCAAGUUGUUGCGCCACCUGCAGCACGAGAACAUUGUGCAGAUCAAAGACAUCAUCCCGCCCACCAACCGCGAUGCCUUCAAGGACCUCUACGUGGUGUAUGAGCUGAUGGACACCGACCUGCACCAGAUCAUCCGCUCGCCACAGGCGCUGUCCAACGACCACAGCCAGUACUUCCUGUACCAGCUGUUGAGAGGGCUCAAAUACAUCCACAGCGCCAACAUCCUGCACAGAGAUUUGAAGCCCAGCAACCUGCUCGUGAACGCCAACUGCGACCUCAAAAUCUGCGACUUCGGCCUUGCACGGACCAGCACCAGCAACGAGAAGGAGUUCAUGACGGAGUACGUGGUGACGCGCUGGUACCGCGCCCCCGAGCUGCUGCUGAGCUGCAGCGGCUACACCACUGCCAUCGACGUGUGGUCCGUGGGCUGCAUCUUCGCGGAGCUGCUGGGCCGCAAGCCGCUGUUCCCCGGCAAGGACUACGUGCACCAGCUGUCCCUCAUCACCAAGGUGAUCGGCUCCCCCAGCGAGGAGGAGCUUGGCUUCAUCACCAGCGAGAAGGCCAAGCGCUACAUCCGCUCGCUGCCGCGAUCCGAGCGAGUGGACUUCGGGCAGCUGUGGCCGCACGUCACCAAGACGGCGCUGGACCUGAUUGACAAGAUGCUGGUGUUCGACCCCACCAAGCGCAUCACCGUGGAGCAGGCGCUGGAGCACCCCUACCUGGCCUCGCUGCACGACGUGUCCGACGAGCCCGUGUGCCCCACACCCUUCACCUUCGACUUCGACAGCGAGCACCUCACGCCGGACGUGGUGCGGGAGGUCAUACUGCAGGACAUGGCCGAGCUGCACACCUGACCGACGCACCAGCCGUGACGGACGGGGACGAUGGACGGGCGGCACCGCAUAAACGGUGGCAGCUGCCAGCCAUCGUGGGCCACCGGAUGAUCGGAGGGCCAGCAGCACAGCAGUACAGGAGGCCUCGUGCUGUUGCGGUGGGGCUGCGAAGUUUUGUACGGAUGGAUGAGUGCGGUGGAGGCGACGCGACGAGGUGGAUGCCCCGGACGGCGGUGGCACCCAAUCAAAGGGCCGCGCUGUGUGCAUGUGAUGUGCAUACGCUGAUGCAGGCAUGCGAGCAGCAUAUAUUGAGUGUGAGUUACAACGGAAGUGCUGCAGCUGGGCGUGCGCGCUGACUAGUGCUGGACCAGAACUUCUUGGUUAUAUACUGUCCAUACUUGACGCGCCUAGACACGUGCAAGGAUUGGUUUAGUGAGUGCCAUGAUGUCAUCGUAAUGGUGCUGCGUUGGGCCCGAGGAUUGCGCCCGCAGGCAGCAGGUCAAGGGCUGAGCUCAGGCGGGGCCGGGGCGUGUCUAACGCGAAUCCGCAUGGGGACCGGCUUGCGAGUUGCGGCACUGUUCAGGCCGUUCAGGCCAGGUCACGAACAAGUGUAUAUUUCUGUUGACAA